AUGAUGCCGGCCCUGGGGAAGUUGUCUUGUCGCGAGGGGAGCUCAGGCGCCUUCUUCCUGGUGCUGCAGACUUGGGCUGGAAGCUCCCGGCCCGAGGGGAGGGGGCGAGGGUGCCCGGUGCUGGCCGCCGUUGCCUCUUGGCCCCCUCCCCGGAGUGGAUGCCGCUGCUUCCCCGGAGGACCGGGGGAGGGGGUGGCAGCCGAGAAAGGACCUUCUCCCCUCCGCAGUGUCGGCCGUUCUGCUGGCGGCGGCUGGGUUUGCACCCCGGAGGGAGCCGCCGCGGCCACUGCUUCCAGGACGCACGAGAGCAGAGGAGAGGAGGGCACGCACGCAGGCUCCCGCCGCCCCCAGGCCUGGCCGGCGCCCGGGCCGCCGCGGCUGGCGGCGCUCACGUUGGUUGCAGGGCGCUCGCGCGGCGCCUCCGCCCGGGUCGCAUCCCUUCCCGCUCGUGCUCGCGCUCGCCCGGAAUGUGAGGUUGUGAUUGUUACUCUACGUUCCGGAGGCGCGUCUCGGCGCUCCUGCUCCGGCUGCGGCUCGCGCUGUCCCCGGCUUGGCCGCGCGGGAUGCCGCCCGGGCGGAGCGCUGACGUCACCGCCAUGCUCUGCACCAGUUCUCCCCCCCUCCCCUUUACACUUCCUCUGUGGAGCCCACUUGUUGCUCCGGAAAGGCGCAUGCGCGGCAGGAUGCCCAGAUUCCUCCCAGCCGGCCCCUCCUCCGCGCCUCCGCCCUCCCCUCCCCCCUCGCCGUGUGUGUACAACAGCUGAGGCCCGGCGAGCUAAUGCUGGAAGUCCAGAGCUGGGGGUGGAAAUUAAACAGACUAUGACCUUUCUUUUUCCUGCCCGGCAUUCCCAAGUAAAAACGCAUUUAAGAACCACUAGCGUCGUUUCCGAUCCCUGCUCCCCACCCCACCCCCAAGCUUCGGCAGUGAAUUUAAAUGUCCUGUUUCAGGAUUUUUCGCCGUGAAUUUCGUAUAAGGAACCCGGGCUUCAACGAUGGAGCUAAAUGAAUUCAGAGUGCGCUACCCUUCCCCCUAGCCGCACUCUAAAAAUUUUGGCUGAACGUCUGAAGAAGAUACGAGCACCCCGAGGCCUUUAAGGAAAACCGUCAACUGGCUGCGCACAGCUGCAGUUGAGGGCAGGGAGGGGUAGGGGCCGGAGAGGCCAAACAGGUGAGUGGUUUUUCUAGAGUUUGAUUUUUAAAAGGUAGGGGCAGCAUUUAAUAAUACUGAUAUCUUUUUGUAAAGCACAGUCGCAGUUUUCAAAGUUAUUUCUGAGGCGCUGUGAUCUCACUCCAUGCUGCCCCAGAAGGCAGAACA